AUGGCUCUCUUCAACUCGAUGCUAAUACUCUACUAUGCCCACCUCAAGGGCCAUGGGGCAUUCCUGCUCGUCACCAUUGGCUCCUUUGGUUGUGCCAUUCAAGCCGCUUAUCUCAUCACCUUCUUCACUUUUUCCAAUUCCAGAACAAGGUUAGCGACAGCCCAAUUAAUCAUUGUAUUCAAUGGUGGGGUGUACAUAGGCCUCGUAUGCAUCACAUCCAUGCUCACACCAUCACCUCACAAGUUGAAGGUUGCGGGGUGGAUCUGCGCCACUUCCUCUGUCUGUACCUCCGCCGCGCCUCUCAGCAUCAUGAGAACAGUCAUAAAGACAAAGAGUGUGAGGUUCAUGCCCUUCCCCUUAUCUUUAUGCUUGACCCAGAGUGCCAUCGUCUGGUUCCUUUAUGGCAUGUUUUCUCACGACUACUUCAUUGCCAUGCCAAGCAUACUAGGGUUUUUGCUCGGUGUUGCACAGAUCAUCCUGUACUUGUUGUACAAGAAAGGCCCUCGGAGAGAAAAGGAACCAUCAGAAAUUCAGAAUGUGAACGAGACAUUAGCCCAUGAUGAUGCAUGUGAGGUGGAAGGAGAGAUGGUAGAAUUUGGUGAUAACAUGAAACACCCAAUUGACAACACUGACGAAGAUGAAGCAGCCACCACACUGGAACGGGAACCACCAAAGAUGGACGGAGAAGAAAUAGUUGAAAUUCCUGAAUAA